AUGCCCGAUGAUUGGCCAAAGAUGAAAGACAGCGACCUCCCCGUUCCCGACGAGGUCGACCUCAACGUGGCUGGGCAAGGCUUCGGCAAGCCUCCUUCCAUCCCUCCAAUUCUGCGUCGUCUUCCUCCUGUCCUUCUCUGUCUUCACAUCCUAUUGUUCGACCUCUCCAAUGCUUAUUACUGCUACGAUGUAGGCAACUUAGCCGCUGGUGACUACGCCAGGAACCGAGUGCUCAUCCUCUCUUCUCUCCCUGGCGAUGUGGCUUCGAACAGCGGGUUCUACUCCAGGAAAGUUUGGAAAGGCUCGGAUGUCAUUUACGUGCUCAGUUUCUGCAGAGGCGACUCUUCGAACAACACUUGCUUGAAGUGCAUAAGCUCUGCUGCUGAAGAAUUGAGGGGUAAGUGUUCAAAGCGGAAAGCUGCGUACUCAUGGGGUAUAGAAGAUCCUCCGCGCUCCAUCCGUUACUCUGAUUCUCCAAUGUAUGGCGUGAAGCAGACAUUUCCAACCUUGAAGCUUUAUCGCAUUGGCAACAUCCCGAUGGAUCAGGAUCAGUUCGAUCGGAUAUAG